AUGGAUCCUAGCAAGGAGGGGCUCCUUAACGAGGAGAAGCACCGCCGCUCCUACGAAUCCGACGAUGCCUCCGACAUCGACGCGACCGACUACCUCACUCACGAUACCCAGAAGCAGUCCGCAUUCCCCAAGCCCGCCUUCUUGUCCGGUAAACGCACCGGCGUACUCAAUGCCAUCAAGAAUUGCUUCCGUGGCCGGUCGAAACUAUGUUGGCUGUUCGCAGGUGUCGUGCUACUCAUGUGGGUGGUCAUUAGCGCUGGAGGAGCCGUCAUGUAUAAGAAAUUCAAGGGCCCUCCCCCUACCGGCCUGUCACCGCCGUGGUACCCGACACCAAAGGGUGGAAUAUCAAAGAAUUGGGCCGAGAGCUACAAGAAGGCGGGCGAGAUGGUCGCCAAGAUGACACUGCCUGAGAAGGUCAAUGUCACCACCGGAACCGGCUGGAUGAUGGGCCUUGCCGUCGGCACGACUGGCCCGGCUGUCCACGUUGGCUUCCCUCAACUUCAGCUGCAAGAUGGGCCCCUCGGUCUCCGCUUUGCUGAUAAUGCGACUGCUUUCCCCGCGGGCAUCACCGUUGGUGCUACGUGGAACAAAGAUUUGAUGUACGAGCGCGGCAAGGCGCAUGGCGAGGAAGCCCGGGGCAAGGGAAUCAACGUUCUACUGGGCCCAUGUGUCGGUCCUCUCGGUCGCCUGCCGGCUGGUGGUCGUAACUGGGAAGGCUUCGGCUCCGACCCCUAUCUACAAGGUAUUGCUGCAGCCCAAACCAUCAAGGGUAUCCAAGAGGAGGGUGUCAUUGCUACGAUCAAGCACUUCGUCGCCAACGAGCAAGAGCAUUUCCGCCAGAGCUGGGAAUGGGGCCUGCCCAACGCCAUCUCGAGCAACAUCGACGACCGAACGCUUCACGAGCUGUACGUUUGGCCAUUCUUGGAUGCUGUCAAGGCCGGUGUUGCCAGUGUCAUGUGUUCGUACAACCAAGUAAACAACUCGUAUGCCUGCGGUAACUCCAAGCUUCUGAACGGUAUCUUGAAGGAUGAGAUGGGUUUCCAAGGUUUCGUGCAGAGCGACUGGUUGGCUCAGCGCUCCGGUGUGGGAAGCGCCCUGGCCGGCCUGGAUAUGUCCAUGCCCGGCGACGGACUGUUCUGGGCAGACGGAAAGUCCCUUUGGGGCUCCGAGCUGACGAAGGCGGUUUUGAACGGGUCGGUUCCAAUCGACAGACUCGACGACAUGGUCGUGCGCAUCGUUGCCUCGUGGUAUCAGAUGGGUCAGGACGAUAAGAAGAAGUUUCCCAACGAGCUUCCCAACUUCUCCUCGUGGACCGACGAUAAGAUGGGAGUGCUCGCUCCUGGAAGCAAGACGCCACAGAAAGAGGUGGAAGUGAACAAGUACGUGAAUGUCCAGGGCAACCAUUCCGACAUCGCCCGUCGGGUUGCUGCUGAGGGCAUUGUCUUGCUCAAGAACAAGGACGUGCUGCCGAUCAGCAGAGAUGGAUUCAUCGACGCCAAGCGCAGACGUAACGACAAACGUCACGAAGGAAAGCUGAAGAUCGGCAUCUUUGGCGAGGAUGCAGGCCCUGGCAAGGGCCCCAACUACUGCAAAGACCGCGCUUGCAACCAAGGUACUCUAGGCUCGGGAUGGGGCAGCGGCGCUGUCGAGUUCCCUUACCUCGUGCCGCCUGUCGAGGCCCUCAAGAAGGGCUUCAAGGGCGAGAAGGUCGAGCUCUCCGAGUACCUUACCAACUCGCUCCCCUACAAGAAAGACCCUUCAAUCUUGAACGACAAGGAUGUAUGCAUCGUCUUCGCUAACGCCGAUGCGGGUGAGGGUUUUGUUUCUUGGUCUGGAGUCAGCGGUGACCGCAACGACCUCAAAUUGCAGAAGGGAGGCGACGAUCUCAUCCUGCAGGUCGCAGACAACUGCGGUAAGAGCGAUGGUAACAGCGUCGGCGGCGACACUGUCGUGGUCAUUCACUCCGUUGGUCCCGUCGAGAUGGAACGCUGGAUUGAGCACCCUGGAGUCAAGGCUGUGCUUUAUGCAAACCUUCCCGGGCAGGAGAGCGGUAAUGCUCUCGCGGAUGUCAUCUUUGGAGACGUUAACCCCAGCGGCAAGCUGCCGUACACUAUCGCCAAAUCGCUCAAGGACUACGGAGCUGCUGGGCAAAUUUUGUACCUGCCCAACGGCGUCGUGCCUCAGCAAGAUUUCUCCGAGGGCCUGUACAUCGACUAUCGCCACUUCGAUAAGUUCGAGAUCGAGCCACGCUUCGAGUUUGGAUUCGGCCUGUCGUACACGAGCUUUGCCUUCUCUAAUGUUGUCGUCGAGGAGGUGAAGCCUAAGUCCAAGCUGCCCGCUCCCCGUCCAGCACCCGCCGCCGAGCCGCCCAAGUUCAGUGAGAAGCUGCCCGACCCCAAGGAGGCCCUGUUCCCUAGCGGAUUCAACAAGCUUGACAAGUAUGUGUACCCGUAUUUGGACUCGACAGACGACGUUGUCAAGGAGCCGUACCCUUACCCUGAGGGAUACGAUACCAAGCAACCUCUCUCCGGCGCGGGAGGAGAAGAAGGUGGAAACCCGGACCUCUGGGAAACUUAUGUCACUGUCAAGGCCGAUGUGACCAACAGCGGUGCUCGCGCCGGCAAGGUCGUCCCGCAGCUCUACCUCGCGUAUCCCAAGAACGUCCACGGAAUCGACUUCCCAGUCAAGGUACUCCGUGGCUUCGACAAGUUUAACCUUGAAAAGGGCGAGAAGAAGACGGUCACAUUCAACCUCACGCGUCGUGAUCUCAGCUACUGGGAUAUCCACGAGCAAAACUGGGUCAUGGUGACGAGUGGGCAGUACUCCUUCCUGGUCGGCGAGAGCUCACGGCAGCUGUCGAAUGUCGCAAGUUGGUAA